AUGGUUUAUAUCUCAACGGUUCAGGCAACAUUCCUUAUUUUAGCUGCAGCUUCAUCCCUCGCUGCCCCUAUUGCCACUGACAGCUCGAUUCAGUCGCGUGGUGUGACACUUGAAGCUCGUACACCGAACUUUGGCUCUUUCUUCCGUAAAGUCCGAAAGGCUGCCACUCCCUCACGCAUUAAAAAGAUUGCACACAUUGCCGAACUUGCAUUGCGGGAGAAUGAGGAUGAGCAAAUAGUAACCCGAAGGGAGUUGGAGUACCUCGAAGACCUUGUACUUCGUGAACCUAGCAUCGGAUCCUUCUUCAGAAAAGUCAAGAAUUUUUUCACCCCCCAUAAUAUCGACAAGGCUUCCAAUGCGGCAAAGGAGGCAUCGAAACUAGCUGGCAUGCUCAAACGAGAGGCCUCGGAAGAUUUAUCCGCGAGAUCCCUUGAAGCCUUUGUUGAUCAGCUUACCGAAAGAGAAUUCGAAGACAUUCAAGAACUCGCAGCACGCGAACCACGAUUUGGAUCUUUCUUCAAGAAAUUUAUCAACAUGAAGAACAUCAAAAAGGCGGCGAGCGUGGCUAGUCUGGUCAUUAGGGAGGAUGACGAACCCUUUUACAUGUUUGAGAGGGAAGCCUUGGAAGCAGACGUCGAUAACCUGGAUUGA